ACACAUCCCUCCACAUCCGAUAAGAUACUAAGCAGUUUUGCUACUACUAGCGUCUACCUGCGCAAUGCCGACGUCGUACUUGAACGUCGUAAAAUCUCAACACUACGACAUAAUGUAGAUACAGAAACUAGAGAGCACGGUAAUAGGGAUACCUGGAGACAACUCUCUAAUUUAGUUGAUAUUGCUACGUUAGGUUCUUUAAAAGUUAGGGUAAAACAGGUAAAAGAGGUCAUUCAUUCACUACAGGUAGAUAAUAAGCUUCUCUACUACGAAAACGAUGAACUAAGCUCUGGAAUUACUACUAAAAAACAGUUAAAGAAGCAGAAUAAGAUUCUACAACUAUAG